AGCAAGCAGAAUGGGGUGGGACUGAAUUUCUGGUGAACGGAUUGACGUAGGUUUAUAGUAAUCGAUGCAAUGACCAUUUCAGCAAUAAUUGGCUACAUGUGUUUUGCAAAUAUUUUACAGUUAUUGUCUUAGUUAUUCUGAAAUAUAACUGGUAAAUGCUAGAUAAUUGCUAGCGUUCAGUCGAGGCAGGGUUUCUUGCAUCUCGAUCGUUGGUUUUGGUGAAGAAGACAGGUUUCAGAAGCGCAUUUUCCUUCCAACUGAAGCAAUGAAGGUGACUGUGGAUUUUGAAGAUUGUCUGAAAGAUUCUCCUCGAUUCCGAGCGACCAUCGAGGAAGUGGAGACAGAUGUCGGGGAGUUGGAGUCCAAACUAGACAAGCUGGUCAAGCUCUGUAUUGGGAUGAUUGAUGCUGGCAGGGCCUAUAUUCUGGCCAACAAGCAGUUUGUCAACGGUAUCAGAGACCUCGCUCUGCAGUCCACUAGAGAUGUGGUCAUCGAGUCGAGUUUAACCAAGUUCGCUGAAAGUCUGCAAGAGAUGAAUAACUACCAUACAAUUUUAUUUGAUCAAGCUCAGAGAUCAAUAAAGUCCCAACUCCAGACAUUUGUGAAGGAAGACCUUCGGAAAAUAAAAGAGACCAAGAAGCAGUUUGACAAGGUCAGUGAGGAGAAGGAGGUGGCCCUGGUGAAGAACGCUCAGGUGCCUCGGAACAAAACGCACGAGGUUGACGAGGCCACUAACAUCCUCACCACCACGCGAAAGUGCUUCCGCCACAUCGCCUUGGACUAUGUGCUGCAGAUCAAUGUCCUCCAGUCUAAAAGAAGAUCUGAAAUCCUCAAAUCAAUGCUGUCCUUCAUGCAAGCUCAUCUCAGCUUCUUCCACCAAGGCUAUGACCUAUUUAGUGAGCUUCAACCACUUAUGAAACAACUAGGCAUACAGCUGGAUCAGCUUGUGGUUGAUGCUGCAAAAGAGAAAAGAGACAUGGAGCAGAAACAUUCCACUAUCCAACAGAAGGCAGCGCUACAAGACUUAUUCAACGAGGACACUAAGUUAGAGUACAAUGUGGACACAGACAAUGGGAUUGCCAUGGAGGGUUACCUGUUCAAAAGGGCUAGCAACGCCUUUAAAACAUGGAAUAGGAAAAAAGCAGAUAAUAACAGGCGCUGGUUCUCCAUUCAAAAUAGCCAGAUGGUUUAUCAGAAGAAAUUUAAGGAUAACCCCACUGUGGUUGUGGAGGACCUGCGACUGUGUACUGUGAAGCCGUGUGAAGACAUUGAGCGGCGCUUCUGCUUUGAAGUGGUAUCACCCACAAAGAGCUGCAUGAUGCAGGCGGACUCGGAGAAGCUGCGGCAGGCCUGGAUCAAAGCGGUGCAGGACAGCAUCGCCACGGCCUUCAGGGAGAACGGAGACGAACCCGUGACAAGGCUUGAUCGUAAGUCCUCUGCGUCCCUGGGCAGUCUGGACUCGGGGGGUGACACCAGGUCUAUGAAGGGCGAGAGCGCCCUCGGGAGGGUGCUGGCCAUCCCCGGGAACGACACCUGUGCCGACUGUGGGCAGCCCGAGCCACGCUGGGCCAGCAUCAACCUGGGCAUCACGCUCUGCAUCGAGUGCUCCGGCAUACACAGGAGUCUGGGUGUGCACAACUCCAAAGUCAGGUCCCUUACACUGGACUCCUGGGAGCCAGAACUACUCAAGUUAAUGUGUGAACUUGGAAAUGGGCUGAUAAACCAGAUCUAUGAGGCCCGUCGAGAGGAGCUGGGAAGCAGGAAACCACAGCCUGGAGACCCCAGACAGGAGAUUGAGGCCUUUAUCAGAGCCAAGUACAUUGACAGGAAGUUUGUGCUGAAGCCUUCUGCCAUGGAGCAGAGGGCUAAGGUGAUUAGCCUGAGCAAACAGGAUAAGCAGCCGAGGAGUUGUGCCGAGUUCCUGCCCCCACGGCCGCCUCCACCCACCCCAAAGCUCCGCACAGCCUCCAGCACCUCAGUAGCGGCUACUGGCCAGGAGGUUCGCCGUGAUUCACUCUUCUGCCCUGAUGAGCUUGACUCACUCUUCUCCUACUUUGACACUUCCUCAAAGCUGCGGAGUUUGCGGAGUGCGGAUAGUGGCAUACAGAACAGUGCAGAUGGCAGUCGGGAGAUGUUGGCCUCGACUCCCUCCAGCAACAGCCUCAGUGAGCCAGAGCCUGAGUCCGAGUCCCCAGUUGCUGUACAGCGGGUCGAGUCUCCACCGGUCUUCUCCGAGCUGACAGACUUCUCGUCAGACCUGCUGCUCUACUGGGCCUCCUGCGCCUGCAGUCUCCCCGACAUGGCCGAGGCCAUGGCACAUGGCGCCGACAUCAACUGGGUCAACUCCGAGGACAGCAACCGGACGCCUCUCAUACAGGCAGUCCAAGGGGGCUCACUGGUCACCUGUGAGUUCCUCCUUCAGAACGCUGGUAAUGUGGACCAACAGGACAUCCGCGGCCGAGGUCCACUGCACCAUGCCACGAUUCUGGGCCACACAGGUCAAGUGUGCCUGUUUCUGAAGAGGGGGGCCAAACAGAAUGCUGUCGACACUGAUGGCAGAACUCCGCUGUCCAUCGCUGUAGAGGCUGCCAAUGCUGACAUAGUCACUCUGCUGCGUCUGGCGAAGAUGAACGAGGAGAUGCGGGAGACGGAGGGAGUGUUUGGCCAGCCAGGUCAAUAUCCCUCCCACAAUACCCAAACUGAACAGCAGUAUAAGAAAUGCAUACAAGAGUUUAUCACUCUGCAGCUGGACGAGUCCUAAAUGUGUUAAAAAAAACAAGCAAAAAAAAAACCCAAUUCAUUUCAGUAUUUGCAUAUCAAUUGGCAACAAGAGAAGCAUAUAAACUCAAACAUAUUCAAUACCUCAGCCAGACCAUAGAGCACUAUGAAACAUCAUUGUGGGGAAAAAUCAAAUGGUGGUCAUGUAUGUGUAUCGUACAGGCAAACAAACCUCAGCAUCUUGGCAUGUUGUGUGUGCCCAUGCUGGCUAGCAAAACGAUCCAAUUGUUAUAAGAUCUGGAGAAACCAAAUAAGAUUAUGAAUAUGCAUACAUGUGGUUUGUAUGUUUCCCAAUUUUAGGUGUCAGGAUUGAGUUUUUAAUCCUUCACUAUAGGUGCUUGUUCCCAACCUGUUCCACAGGUUGACUGUUUAUAACAAAACCACAAAUGCAUUUGUAAUCAUUCAAAAUCAUAGAAUUGGUUGGUGAUGCACCUGUAUAUACCCAGUGACUUUCAGCUGGACUGGGUUGUGAGGGCUUCACAAUGCCAUGAUAAAAUGGGUCUCAAAGCAGGGUUGCAGACUUGAUGUCUUCCUAAAGCAGAGAGAGGCUGUUGUGUUAUCACCUAGCUGUCGGAAAAAAUAUUUUGCACAUUAUCUGGAUGUUGCAGCUAAAUUAUUUUUCCUUUUUGUGCUCGGUGAUGAAGUUCAUUUCAUAUUGUAUUUAAUCUCUCCUGCUCUCCUAAUACUAGUCUGUGUUGUAUGUAGAGAAUUCACUGUAUGCAUUGAAAUGCUGUGAAGUCCUUUUGGUUCGAAAGUUCGGCCCCUGUGCACAGAGUGGUGGUCUCUGGUAUUGGUCGCCCACUGAGACAACUUGAUCCAAUUUUCGAAUGACAAAUAACACCUUUGGAGAUUUUAAUGAGAGAAGUGAAGGCAUUUGCUACCUCAUGCACAUGUGCAACAAACAAUUUCUUAUUGGUAAGAGAAGUUGGAAAGGAUGGACUAAUACAGAACCAUACACCACGAGUAAAGGGGAAAUAUGAUGAAUGCACUAACUUGAACACCUAUUGUCAAGCGAUCUAAACCAGAGACCACCGACUCUGUGCUUGGGCUCUAUGAUAGGGUACCUAGUUCAAGCUAGGGUCAUCAGCAUCUCCCAUGUAGGCAGGCUUACCCUGUUUCUUGUCCACUGAUUUAGUGGAGACCAUUGCAGACGUUCAGUCUACUGUUUCUCAACCUGUGCAUGUGCUUCAUAUCUUUCCAGUAGAACAUUUACGUACUGUAACUUCAAAAGGACUGCUCAUUAAGCUUCAAUAGCACAUGGCUUGAGUGAAUCUAUAGAGUGUACAUAUAGCAUACAGCCAGUUCACCAUACAAUACUCUAAAACUGUAGACAUAUGUACGAUAUAUAUAGCAAUCAAUAGUUGGGAUAUUCACACCGUUCACUUCAGUCAAGUCAAUCUAAAGCUGAUGAUGCACAAGGCAACUUCUUGAGCAGUGCUGCUGGACAGUGUUUCUGAGUAUUGUUGUUCGGGCAUAUUCCUGUUCAUAUUGGGCAGCAAUUUAUUAUCUGGAGAACUUUAAUCAAAAUUGAAUAUUGAAUGGGCAAUAGGCAAAUCAUCCAAUCAGAACACAUGGAGCUGGUCAUGUGGUUGCCCAGUAACAUUGCUCAGAAACUUGCCCCAUGUAUCACUUGAUAGGUAGAUAUGAACACCAAACCAGCACACGCAGUGGGUUGAGAGGCCUUUAUCUGCCGGUCUCGGACAGCCCUUUAAACGUCACUGUUUACCAGUAGCUGUGUUCUUCAGGUCAGCACACUGCCCUGCAGAAGCCAUACUAUACACUAACCUGCCAGAGAGACUGUACCAACUAUUCUAUGUAAAUGGCCAUAGCACACAGUCCAAGCAAAAAAGAAAAGUAUAUGUUUAUAUUGGUUUUAUGUAGAAGAAUUUUCAGUACUACAGUGCACAUUAUUUUAUGUUGAUGCUAUAUACAGCAUCCCAUAAUAGUGAUGUUUUUAUUCAACUUGUGUUCUGUGUUGAAACAGUCUCAUUUGUAGCUGCAGGGGUGGCUAGUUAGAAGUCAGGAAUUAUAGAUUUUUAUUCCUAUGUCACCAUGUUUGCUGCCUACCUGUUCACAAAGAUCUGUAACAUCCUGCAUUUGAGAACACUGAUCCCAUAUGUGUUUAAUCUUGUGACCACCACCUUUUUCUGUUUUCAUGUUAUGGUGCUCCGCAAAGUGAAGGAGCCAUUUUUGGACAAUGGAAUUAAUGCAUGAGACAGUCAUGCACUGGUUUCCUGAUAUGGCAGUCUGCAGUGUGUUUGAAAGUGAAAUGUGUUUAUUUAGGGGGGUAUUCUGUUACAAAUAGACUUUCAGUGGGCAGAGAUAUGAACUGGUCUGCCAAAGAUGUAAGCCUUUGUGUAGGGGAAAACCAGCCUUAGUUUAGGGAAGAUGUGACCCAGUGGAAUACUUCAAUUGUUUUGGUAUGCCCUGUUCUCAUCUGUUGGAUAUCUGAGGUGAAAGUCGAGAAGGCUCUGUACGAGAGUGCUGUGUUGAUGAUGGUGUGAUAUGUUGGGAGGAGUGAGCGUCUGUCCUGGUGUUUCCUCUUGGUGGCAUGAUCCCUGUGCUUUGCAGACGCCUGCAGUCGCCCUCUCCUUCUGUCCUCCCACUCCAGAGCUUGUGCCUUUUUCUGUUUUCUGGUUUCUUUGUAAAUCUGCACUUUAAAUACAGUAUGGUCAUUAGCAAACACACUGUCCACGUUGUCUUUUUCCUUCCUAAUAUUAGUGUGCUUUAUCGCUAGUAUUUCAACUGUAAGCUUUUCUUUGCUCGCUUCCUAUAACUUAUUCAUGCUGUGCAACUUUACUUACAACCCUUCAAAAGGAGUUGUGUGCCUUAGUCAUCUGGUCUUGUGGGGUUUGGCACUUUCCACUCUGCUUAACAACUGCUUGACCUGCUUGACUCUGACAAUCGCUGCUAAGCUGUGCAACAUGUUCAGGUACGGCUGUCUUUCUCUUCCUGCUCACUCACCUAUGUCCUCCAUAUGUGCUUGGCUGUCUGUGUGUGUGUGUGUGCGUGCGUGUGUGCGUGCGUGCGUGUGUGCGUGCGUGCGAGCGGGUGAGUGGGUGGGUGAGUGAGUGAGUGUGUGAGUGAGUGAAUGGGUGAAUGUGUGAAUGGGUGAGUGAGUGAGUGAGUGAGUGAGUAGGUGAGUGAGUGGGUGAGUGAGUGGGUGAGUGAGUGAGUGAGAGAGAUGUCAUAGUUUCCACACGCACAUCCAACAAGAUGCCAUUUUUGAUCCAAUGCAUGACCAAGCCAUUCAGUGGGCUUUUCAUGUUCUCUUCCUAUAAUGAGAUUUCUACUGUGCCCUCUAGGAGAUGAGACGUAUCAGGAUAUCUUCAGAGACUUCUCCCAGAUGGCGUCCAAUGAGCCUGACAAGCUAAAGCGCUUUUAAGCCAGAUGAUCAGAUGACAUAA